CUAUGGUUAUACAUAGUUGACAUUUUCAGAAUAAAGUAAAUCAAAUUAUAUUCAAAAGUUAAAUAAACCGAGUGUAAUUUAAAAAUAAUUUCAGAAAAUGAUGUUAUAAAAGCGAAUAUUGUAAAGGACUUCUAAAUGUAUUACAUCCAGUUAAAAUAAUGAAGUAGAAAUAUUAUCAGUUGUUUACAUUAACCUAUAUGAAGCCUAUACUUUUACAAGAAAAAAGAAAAUGUUUAUAUUUUAUUACCUCUUGAUUCAUUUUCUGUGCGUUUUUAAAUUGAAUCAUGCAGAAGAAGACGGAUAUUGUGCUCCUUAUCACGGUAGAGUUUGUAGUGGUUAUCUUAACAGUACUGGACUCUUUUGGUUCAAAAUGACCAAAAAUACUACAGGAGGAUGGCUUAAUGAAAAGAUAACGAUGGGAUUAUGGAAUGAACUGAUAACAAGUUUGAAGGAACCUUGUCGUAGUGCAGCUGAGAAACUGCUAUGUUUAUAUGCUUUUCCUGAAUGCUCUAUGCAAAAUAAUAAAGCAUAUGGCUUGCCAUUAUGUAAAGAAGACUGUAUAGCAGUAAGGGGACAGUUUUGUUAUAAUGAUUGGGCCCUUAUAGAAGAUAAAAAAGCAAAAGGAAUAUAUUUGACAUCACGAGGGCAUUUUGAACUACCAGAUUGUGAUAAAUUGCCAAGUUAUAAAACUGAGAACAGUACUCGUACUUGUUCAUAUGCUGGUCUUACAGAAAUGAAACUAGAUGAAGUAACAUAUGAUUGUAUAAUUGGAAGAGGUCGUUUUUAUCAAGGAAAAAUGAAUAAAACAAAAUAUGGUUUAGAUUGCCAACGUUGGGACUCACAGUUCCCUCAUACUCAUACACGCCCACCUGAUGUUUUUUCAGAGAUGAAAAAUUCUGAAAACUAUUGUCGUAAUGCAGGUGGAGAAGAGCAUGCACCAUGGUGUUUUACAACCAAUUCAAGUGUAAGAUGGCAGCAUUGUGAUAUACCAGUAUGUGCUAACUCUACUAUUACUAAAGAAAAUAUGAAAGAUGGUCUAGCUAUGGAUAAGUAUUUUACACCAACAUUUGUUCUAUUGGUGUCUGGUAUUGGACUUUUUGUGGUACUACUUAUUUUAUUGCUGAUUUUUGCUGCUCACCGUUUCUACAAACAUAAACAUGGUUACAAUCCAACUGCUACUGAAAUGAAUGAAGUAAAUAUAGAUUUAGAUAAACUGCCAAGCAAUAUUGACUAUCACAGAACAGGAGCAGCUUUAAAUCCCAAAUUGGAAAGAUUAGAGUAUCCUAGAAAUAACAUAAUUUUUUUGAGAGAUCUAGGGCAAGGAGCUUUUGGACAAGUAUUUCAAGCUAAAGCUCCAGAUCUUGUUCCCGGAGAAGAAUUUACAAUAGUAGCUGUAAAAAUGUUGAAAGAUGAAGCAUCUGAAGACUUACAAGAUGAUUUUGAAAAAGAGGCAAGUCUGUUAGCUGAAUUUGAUCAUCCUAAUAUAGUAAAGCUGUUGGGAGUAUGUGCUAUUGGUAAACCAAUGUGUCUACUCUUUGAAUAUAUGGGUAAAGGGGACCUAAAUGAAUUCUUAAGACAUUGUUCUCCAAGCAAUUACAUUAUAAAAAACCUAGUAGAUGAAAGUCAGGAUGUGUAUAGAGAUAAUAGAUUAAGCCAUUUAGAAUUACUUGAUAUAUCACUUCAAAUUGCAUCUGGAAUGGUAUAUUUAUCAGACAGAAAGUUUGUUCAUCGCGAUUUAGCCACAAGGAAUUGCUUAAUAAGCGAGAACAUGGUUGUCAAGAUUGCUGACUUUGGUCUUUCUCAGAAAAUUUAUUUACAGGAUUAUUAUAAAGGUGAUGAACAUGACGCUAUCCCGGUGAGGUGGAUGCCUUUAGAGAGUAUACUUUAUAAUAAAUACACACCAGAAUCUGAUGUUUGGGCGUUUGGUGUAUGUUUGUGGGAAAUAUUUUCGUUUGCCCUACAACCAUACUAUGGGAUGACGCAUGAAGAGGUUGUCCGUUUCUUAAAAGCAGGAAAUGUGUUAUCAAGCCCAGAAAAUACCCCAGUUCCUGUUUAUGAACUUAUGAAACAGUGUUGGCAACAAAAGCCUUCUGACAGGCCCAGCUUUCGUAUAAUUUUCCAAACUCUUACCACAAUUAAUGCCAAUAUGCAAGCAGUUGCUUCUUUAUAUGGAUCUUAAAGUAAUCUUAUGUUAUUUUAGCGUCUUUAUUUUGUUUCUCUAUUUUAUACAUUGUGCUUAUUUAUUUUCAUUUGUUAACUAUUUUGCGAUUUCAAUGUUUUUUUUUAAGAGAGAUGUGAAUGAUUGGAACAAUUGCACAAGAGUUUUUUCAGGCUGAACAGUUUGUUUCAAUUUUCAUGAUUUUUGAGCAUAUAUGAAUUUCAGUAAUACAUUUUUUUUAGUUCGAAUGUUAUAGUAGUAGAAAUAUGUG